ACACACACACACACUACUAUACACACACACACACACACACACACACACACACACACACACACACACACACACACACACACACACACACACACACACACAUUGCGAUCCAUGUUCGUUUCUUUUGAAGAUUUUUAAAUGAGGUUUCUAAAGACAAUUUUACCCUAUUUUUACUCAGUGAAAAUCUUAACAUCUAAAAUCAAAAGCUGAAUUAAGUACGAUGAAUGCUGGCACAAUAUAGUAGUGAAAAAUGAUAGAAAACUUUUGGCACGUUAAUUGAACCCAAGUGUUUUGGUACAGUUAUUAUGUCACGCAGGUGUUAGCCAGACAUACAAAAAUCUAUGGUUGCACGUUAUGCUUGGAAGUAGCAACAAAACACAGAAAUGACAUGGCGAUUGAAAAAAGAUAUAUUAAAACUAUUAAUAUGUAUGAUCCUGAUAAGAAUACAGGGGUUACAGUUCAUAGAAUGACAAAAACAAUGUAUUCUCUUUAGCACACAUCACAGGCAUCAUAUCAUGCACAUACACUGUAUAGAACGUCUGCUUGCUGCUGUGUAUAUCAGUAGAUAUUUAACUUAAAAAAGACACUGUUUGAGUAAUAGUAAUAUGGUGAUGAAGAGGAAAAUAAGAUAAGUAAGCAGGGAACCCGACCGGUGAUUGGAGCGACAAUGUACGUGUGUAGCGACAGAGGAUGGAAGCCUUAGUGUAAGCGUGCGUGUUGUCCCCGCCAUGUAACUCAACCCCUGUGUUCCAUUUACAGCAGUCUAAAUUUGGUUUAGGAGACUUGGCGGCAAAACUUCGAAUCUAGGUUGUUUACAGCGUUACCUAGGCGACGCGGCCAGCGUGAACCAAUGGCACUCUUAGAUGCCACUCGGGAUAUGUGAACCCGGACAACAUUGGCUGAGACUACAGGAAUGUUGGAGGGGAGGCUGCCCUCCACACGCUAUUUCUGAUCGCCGUAAUAUUUACGUUUUACAAAUAAGAUUGAAUAUACAGUGAUCAAAUUCAACUUAAUUGGUACUCAAUCGCAGAUUGAGGCAUGGGCGAUGUGGAGGGUCGGUGGGUAGGAGGGAAGGAAGGUAGUAGGCGCGCGGGAUUCUGCGAGAAGCAGCGGUUUUGGGAGCCAGGCGGCCUUACUGGUUAGGUCGGGGGUGGGAGGGGCAUUGGAGUGGUAGCUGUACGCGUCGACCUGCCAAGCUUGUGGCAAGUGUGUCGGGGGGAGUGUGUGCCGUGGUGGUGGUGGCGUUGAGUGCUGUGGGGCUGCCGACCAGAGGCUGCUGGCUGACCCGUUAGGGACUGUGUUAGUGUAGGUCUUCAUAUAAUGGCGGGAAUUAUGGAAAUGAUCCUAGAAAGAGACGGACAUGAUCAACCUUGGGGUUUCAGACUUCAGGGUGGUGCCGACCUGGCCAUGCCACUCUCCGUUCAGAGGGUGUUGGUGGGCACGCCGGCAGACGGAAUGCUGCGCAAAGGGGAUGUCAUCACUAAGAUCAGCUGCACCGAGACCAAAAACAUCACACACCAACAGGCGGCAGAUUUGUUCAAUAGCGCAGGGAACCAGAUCGCCGUCCAACUCAAAAGAAUUACCGGCAUCGUUGGCUCCCCAUACCAGGCGAUCCUCGCUUUCGCUUUCGUCACUCUUGGUUGGCAGCGACGGCAGCGGACUGACCUUGGCACUGGAGAUGAGCAGGUCCUCAUCAUCACUUGUCAUUCAGAAAAAAAUAAAAGUGUACAAUACACAUUGUCACCUCGCUUAUGUCGCCAACCAGUCUUGCCCAUCGCUCCCACCCGCUCGCUCUUUUUUCAGCUGAGUCACACUUUGGCACGGAGGACAACUCUCGAUAGGUUAAGGGGAAAUAGUGAGGUGACUUUGCAAUCCAGGCACUUCGAGGAGGAAAGUUGGAGCCGUGCCCAGCCUCCUCUCACACUGCCUCGUUCCGCCCCGUCCAGCCUCGUCAUGCCCCCGCUCAAGUCCAACCUCAUCCCUCAUGCUCAAGAGGGACACAGCCGGCAGAGCUCAUAUGCUAUAGGCGGGGUGCAGUCAGCAUCGGCUGCCUCAGCCUCAACCUCACCGCCGCUCGUGAACGGCAGUCCGGUCCCCACCCCUGUCCCAGUGCCAGUGUCCGGCGGAGUGCCACUGCCAGGCAUUGCCAAUCCCACCUUAGCGCGGUCAGAGAACCCUGCUGUAAAAUCCCUUCCCAAGACACAGUUCUCUCUCAAGACUCACUUCGCAAAGCAGCAGCAGCCACAACCCACCAAUCUGGAUACGUUGUCUAUCCAAACCCAGCCAUACCGCACGCUGCCCCUCCUGCAGCCCUCUGCUAAGCCACGCACUGACUUGGGUGUGAGUAGCAUCAGUCAUCUCGGGACGCAGGAAGAUUACUUCACGAUGCCGAAGGAGCCACAGUAUGUGCCUAUGCCCCAGGUCGCAACGGUUAUGGCCAAGCAGGACGAAUUUUUGAUGAAACAAAAGGUUACCGGUACUUUACAAAACAUUCAACAGGCGCAGAAUACUGCUGCGGCAGCGCCACAGUUGCCUCCUGGUAUUCAAGUGAAGCAAUAUAACACCCCGCUGCCAUUGUACUCUCAAGAAAACGUGCAAGAGGUAAUCAAGAUGCAAGCCUCUCAAGGAUCGAACCCCAUCAACCCAGGAAUUCUUCCUGCCGGUGUUGAUCCCCCCAAGGCUCAGAGAAAAACGAGCGUAAAUAAGCCACAGAAAAACACGGGGCUGCGCGGAAUGCCCCUGAAAUAUGACCCGGAGCGAAGUGCCACCUGGCAGGCCAUCCACGAGCAGGAGAACUGCCAGCUGAUCACUGAGCACGGUCCCACUAACUCCAAAGUCUACUCUAUUUUUCUCUUCCCGGCUAGCUCCUCAAAUACCAAGCCUGCGCAGGUGAUCCUCACCCCUUCCAAAGAGUAUAACCCUCAAACAAGUGCCACCUGGCGGGCGCUGCAGGAGACUGAUCCCGCUGUUGACCCGGAGAAGAUCGCUAACUAUUCCUCCCUCAAGGAACAUGAUCCCAUCUACUCUGAGGUCUAUAAGGCCCCUGCUGCCCCGAAGCCAGGCCAGCGGCCGCCACCCAGGACCAACGCGCAGCCCGGGCCACGCUCCCCAGUUGCAGAUCUCCUUCCCAGUGCUUUGCGGCCAGCGGGAGAAAAUGAAGUUAGUCCUCCACCAAGUGCGGUAAGCCCAGACAAGAGCGGCGCCUCCGCUGUUCUUUCAGCCACACUGGCCGAGAGCAAACCAAUCAACCACCAGAUGACGCAAGACCCUGUCAAAAUCCCUAUGUACGAGACCAACUCCAUCGGGGGGAGAAAGAGAAUCGCCCAGACGGCCUCCUUCAAUAAGCUCAUGAUGGAUGUGCUCGGGGAGUGAAGACGCUGCUUCUCACAAACAGUAGCAGCAGCAACAGCUACAACAACAACCAUCCCUCUGUGUUCCGACAUCCGCCCACCACUUCAUACAUAACGAAAUGUUGUUCUGUUAUAGUAACGGAGCGGCUGAUGUUAAAACCGCGGCCAUCACGAACGAACUACUUUUAUCUUUCCAUCGAUGGGGUGACUACACCUUAGAUAAUACAUAUUUUGAGAAUGCAUCCCAGCUAGCGCCACACCACACCGCUUGCCUGACUUUCCUGCCAUUGGGAGGAGUCUGCUGGCCCGCUAUCUGCCCUCUAGCUCAAGGUACACAGAAGGGGAGGAUCACCGGCUCCGCUGGAAUAAGACGCCAGCAAUCUUGAGUGUGUUGCUCUAAGUCUGCUUCUUUAUUGUGCUACGUGUUCACUGGAUGAUAUACGAUGAAAUAUAUUUUUUUGAGAUUUGUGCCAGCCUUAUAUGUUUAGAUAUGAUCAGAUAAUGAAUGAAGUCACUCAAAUCUUAGAGAAUACUGAUGGGAUAAUGUUGUCCCAAUAAAUAUAGAGAGAUUAGAAUGGCUGUAAUUGAUUCCGGUGACGAGGAUGUCCUGGGCCAUGUCUCGAGAGGCACUCGACCGUCUACUGCACUCAUUUUAACCUGAAGGACUUGCCUUGGUUCUCACUUUUUUUUUCACUCCAAAUUAAUAAUGCGAGGUUAGAUCCACUUGAAAGAAUAGGGUGUAACAAGUGAGUAGAAUGCCUCUGUUGACGACGGCUCUGUGUGACCAGAAGGAAGCUCCUGAAGGGAACACCCCAUUCUCGUUGCGAUAUGAGGUUUGCGUGUGAAGGGGACAUGAUGUCCUGGUGUGGCUCUUGCUCUUGUUCGUGUUGUAGCCCCUCAGCUUGGACGGGGCACCGAUAAUGGGCGUCAAGUCACCCCUAAAACGACUUAUUUUAUCUUUAAUUCUGUUGUAAGUGGGAUGCUGUGGCUAGUUUGUUGAUGUUAUAUAUUUCUAUAUUAUAUCGGUCUUUGCCUCCGACACCUCACGAACAAAAAGGGCUCAAUAAUGUUAGUCUAAGAAGAGAGAGUAUCACCAAGACUUGCAUAAUAGUGCCAAUGUUUGAAAUUCAUCAAUAGGCUGCGUUUACUACUAAGUUUUGACUUCUAGAAGUUUAUAGAUAUUUAUAGAUAUCGUUGUGACUGAGCAAUGACAGUAUCUACUUCAUUUCACUCCUUGUGAGGUACAACUCUGCCUGCAUUGUUUGCCCAACAAGCACUGUCACUGCCAAAUCAUAUGCAGAGGAAAUCGUAGUUACUGAUUUCAUCAUGUUCUCUCUCGUGCCCCUUCACUACCCUGUUGUCUGUCACGUGAAUAUUGUGUAACUAUAGGCAGUCGAUUUCGUUAUAUUUAAAGUAAUACAGAAAUAUUCAAAUUCUAUUUUCCAUUAUCCUGUUCUGUAAUUCUGAAGUCGCCUUUGCUCUGUUGGUGUUAUGAUGGACGAUUGUCCUCAGCUGGAGCGACCGUGCUCCUUCUGACUGUUACGUCAGACGAUGCUCAGUGCCACUUCAGCCUAUCUUGGUCCUUAUCUGGUGUCAUAGCAACUUGAACAGGCCACUAUCAAGUUCUGCGUUAUCUAUCUGACACCCGAAGAGCGUUAUUAAAGUAACAUCUGAUAUCAGUCGUAUUUGUCACCAGUGUGCGUGACUGUGAUGAAGGCAAGUACUGUUGGAGGCUCCGUACACCACUAACAAAAGAUGUUCGUCACCGUGCAAAACACGCAUGAAAAGACCUUAACGAAUAGCUCAAGUCAGUCAUUCUCUGGAGGAAACCUCUGAAGACCUGUAAAGAUUACUUGAAGCUAGUAAAUGACACAGUGGUGUUAUUUCAUGAGGUUCCAGACUCACGCUGCGUCAGAGAUGACAGGAGGUCGUGGUGGCACUGGUCGUCACAUGACUGUCCAACUCGAGCUUGAUAUUCAAAUUACUUUGGGAAUGUUCUCUUCAGGAUGACAAUAUAUUAGCUAUCUUGAAAACAAUUGUACAGUUAAUGAGUGUUAAUAAAGGAUAAACACAGA